CUGAGAGGCAGAUUCAGAGGGGGUCGGGCAGUGUUGUGGUAGAGAGGAGUACACACAGGUGUCGCCACACUGGAGCUCUGUCAUACUUCUCUGAAAAUGACGCAGUGUUAUCUGGUAAAGUUCACGUUGUGAACUUGGCAGCCUAUUUGUAAGGGAACUGUUAGUAGACGGAGAUGGAGGAUGAUACUCCCUUACGGAUUGUGCCUGCCAGUCGCACGGAGGGUCAGCGGACUGGCAGUGCACCUGCGUCAACUCUUGGUUCCACUCUUGCUGCAGCGGCUGUCAACCGUCAACAGCAUCAACCACAAACUCAUCCUCAACCCCACCAGCACUCAUUUUCUCUACCUACCCAUUCUCAAAGUGUACCUGCAGCUACAUCCACAAGCACCUCCAUGACCAUGGCUUCUACAAAGCCACACACCCUCUCCAGAAGCCUGUCUCGAAAAGAGCAAGUUAAAGCGGUUUCUGAGCAGUCCAAAAAGUACGUGAAGAAAGAGACCCGAGAGUUCUUUGGAUUAGACGAGUCUUCUGAGGCAAAUCAGCGGCAGCGAUGGCAAGAGAAACGGAAACGCCUGGCCAGCCGCAAGUAUGGCCAGCUCAAGGACCAGCCCAACACUACCCACCACACACAGUCUUUCACCAGUGACUUCCAUGCCUUACCAGAGCUUCAGGAGGGAGUGGGCAGUGGUCUGUCUGACUCCAUAGAUGGAGUGCCGUGGCCGCAACCACCUCACCGAGGGAAGGACUCGGUUGCCAAGAUGACCUGGGAUGGCCUCUCUUUUGUAGUUUCUACGGUUGCAAAACGGAGAGCGAAGAGUCAAAUAUCGGGCACUGCUGGCGGCCGGUCUAAAAGUCGCAGCUAUGCUCCAUCAUCCAUGUCUGCAGCGGAUGAUGUGUUUGAAGAGCCAGAUGUGUCUCCUACCACAACUGCCACCACCACCACCACCACAACUGCGGCGACCAUGCGCCCUACCCCACCUGCGGAUCAUUAUACUAUGGAGUCACUUUCAGAUGAAGUGUUCUUUGACAGCAAGGUACCAGGGAGCCCUGAAGCUGUGACUGGCCCUACUAGUUAUGAUAAUAGUAAAGAAGUCGGAGGAGGAAGGUACCACCCAAGUGUUCAAGAGUGGCAGAGACCGGUAUCAGACUCGGUUGAUGCCAGUGGACGGUCGAGUGCUCACAUAGGCCGCUCGCGUAUCUGGAAUCGAAUUUUGGACAGCUGUUUCGAUAACUCUGAUAGAAGACAAUAUGGCAGAGGAAUUGCUGGUCGAAUUUUCCGGCGAACAUUCAAGGAGAGUGUGAGGAAAGACAAGGAGGUGAAGAAGCAAAUAGACGAGAUGAGUGACUAUCGACCGUACUUCACGUGGUGGGUCACGACUGUACAAGUGUUCAUCCUUCUGCUCUCCAUCAUGUGUUAUGGCCUCGCUCCUAAAGGCUUCACUCUGCAACAACAAUCGGGACAGGUCCUUAUGGCAAGCUUAUCAAUCCAGACUGUAGACUAUUGGGAACCAUCAAAUUUCUGGAUAGGUCCAAGAGCGGCUGAUCUUAUACAUUUAGGAGCCAAGUUUGCACCAUGUAUGAGAAAAGAUGAAAAAAUAUUUCGCCAUGUUGAAGAGCAACGGAGAGCAGAAAGAGAAACUGGCUGUUGCAUUCGAAAUGAUGACUCGGGUUGUGUUCAGUCAUCGCGGAGAGAAUGUUCGAUAGCAAGGCACUAUUUUGAUCCUCUGGGUCAAGGAGAUAUGGAAUCGACGAGACUGUCUGUCUGGAAAAAGUGGAGCGAGCUGGCGAAGGGUCCAGAUGGCCGCCUUUCUGGAUCUGUUUGUGGCCAAGAUCCAAAUUACUGUAAAGAACCAGCGUCUGUUCCGCCACAUGAGUGGCCAGAUGAUAUUACUCGGUGGCCAAUUUGCAGAAAAAGAAUUGCAGCUGUUAAAAAGAUCCAUGCUGCAGAGCAUAUGGCUUGUGAGGUUAUUGGUCACCCGUGCUGUAUAGGCAUUCAUGGAGAGUGUCGCAUUACGACGCGGGAGUACUGUAAUUUUGUGCGCGGCUACUUCCAUGAAGAGGCUACGCUUUGCUCUCAGGUUUCCUGCUUGAACAACGUGUGUGGUAUGAUACCAUUUCACAACCCAGAUGUUCCAGACCAGUUUUAUAGAUUGUGGACAUCUUUAUUUAUUCAUGCAGGAAUUCUUCACCUGGCCAUCUCGGUAGUACUUCAAUACCUCCUUAUGCGAGAUGUGGAAAAGUUGGCUGGCCCUGUGCGAAUCGGAGUCAUCUAUAUAGUUUCGGGCAUCGCAGGCAACCUGGCCUCUGCAAUUUUCGUCCCGUAUCGGGCAGAAGUUGGUCCCUCUGGUUCUCAGUUUGGACUGCUGGCGUGUGUGUUUGUAGAGUUCAUCAACUCUUGGCAGAUGAUGAGAAACCCCUGGAGGGUGCUGGCCAAAUUGGUGGUCAUGACAUUGACUUUCUUCUUGGUGGGGCUCUUACCUUGGGUGGACAACUACGCCCACAUAUUUGGCUUCAUCUUCGGGUUCCUGCUUUCUUAUGCACUGCUACCGUUCGUGUCGUUUGGUCCAUACGACAAGCGGAGGAAGGUGUUGCUCAUCUGGGUGUGUCUGGUGGCCGUGGUGGUGAUGCUCACAGCGCUUAUAAUACUCUUUUACGUCACGCCCAUAUAUGAGUGUAAGAUCUGCGAAUACCUUAACUGCAUCCCUUUAACACGGGACUUUUGUGCAGAGCAGAACAUCAAUUUCAACAAGAAGUUGGAUAUUAUAUGAGAGGCUGAUGCUUGCUUGGGCAGCAUCUGCUGUCAGUCAACGGUCACCGACGUGCCAACAUUUCUAGUAAUAUAACCAGUGUAAUUAUUACCAUAUGUUAUACAAGUGAUCACUGCUGUUAUGGUCAUUUUCUAGUUUCAUACUCGGGGAAAUAUGGGAUAUACCAACGCCUAUUUUGGCCCACAUGUUUUAAGGGCUAAACUAGCAUCAGUCAGAUGAACAAAUUGGUAUUAGCUUGUUAUGAACAAGAAUUACAUAUAUGUUACAUGUUAAUGACAAAAGUAAUUUUGUGCAUUGUCUUUAUGCCUUGUAUAUGCCUUUUAUAUGAAAAGAGAAUAUUGUAAUUAAAGUUUACCUCAAGUGAAUAGGUAUGUGAUUUAUAUAAAACUACUAUAUACUGUAUAAUCCUCUUAAAACUGAUUUUAAUGAGUAUCUUGUACAGUAUAUUUCAAUACACGGGCUAAAUCUCGACUAUUCAGUUCCUUUCUAAAUCAUACUAGCAAUCAUGAGAUAACCAAUCAAAUUUCCAGAUGCAGAGCAAGUGAUAACUCAAACAAAUUUGCCUUUCCCACAUUCAUGAUUGCAGUAUUAAACCUAAACUUCUUGAUAUUAAACUUUAAAAUACAUAUAUGGAUAUUUUGUUCACAACUGGCAUUGAUACCAGUUUGUUGAUAGCCUAUCUUGAUGUGGCAAUGCCUGUCACACCAGAACACAGAGAAUAGUGAGGAUAGAUGGGCAGUUGUACUAAGGACAAAGGGCCACAAUUCUGAAAUACCACACGAGACAUAGUAACGAGGAAAAGCCAGUGAGGGUGCUUGGCAAGUUUUUAAUGACAUGUAGAUACUGAAAACACCGCUCAAUUACCUGAGGACAAAUCUCCAGUGGACUUCCAUAGUUGCGGCCCAACAGACAAACUGGGGAGUGAAAGAGGCAACAAAAAUCCUCUCAUUCUAUGUCUCAGAUCUGUUGUUAUAUUUUAUUAUUUUUAUUAUUAUUAUUACGAUUAUUAUCAUUAUGGUUAUGAUUGUAUAUGAAAAAUAAAAAAUGUAGGUUAGGAUAUCCACUGAUUUUCUCCAUAAUUGAAUCCCAUAUGCAUAGUGUUUAAGAUAAUUGGACACCAUAUCUUUGUUUCCCAUUUCUGUGGACCUUAACUGUGUGGGUAAUUGUGAGUGGUGUGGUUCUCUCACUCUCCACUCCAGCAAAUGUGAUGAGGGAGGAAUUACAGGGGUGCCAUCAGUCACGUCUGCUUCCAUUCACCACAUCCAACUCUUCUAUUCAUCAUUUGCUCAUUUUAAUAAACUCAGUGCAUGGAUAGAACUAAAUAUGAUCACAGUUAACAGUGUGCAAAGGGUUUGUAUCUUCAUUUAUUUGUUAGUAUCAUUGUACGUCUGUACAUUGUGUGAGCACAAUCCUCGGAGUUUUUUUUUUUUUAAGUUCCGCUAUCGGCAGCUACUAGUUUGUUAAACAGUAACAGAACCAUAAACAUCUUCAUGUAUGUCAUCAUAGAGAUGCAUUAAAUGUGGAAGGAAUUAUAUUGCCUGUGGUAGCACUUCAAUAAUAAAAUCAACUUAUAAAUUUAUAUAGAAAUUUUUUGAAUUGCUAGUUCAGAAAAAUCUGAAACAAAUCUACGCAAUUAUUUUCUGGUUCUUUUGUUGUGACAGUUUACAUGAAGAUACCUCUAUAUACAACAAAAUUUUUGUGGAAGAAUGGUUUUUGAUAUGAAUGUGUUGCUGUAUAUCACACGCAGUACAUUAAAAGCAGUUCAUCAGUACAUUUUAUUCAGGGAUAUAUUAAAAAAGUUCUAAUGAACUUGAAGAUCAUGCCUAAAUUAACAUAUAUCAAAAUGUGUAAAAAUUAAUGUAACGUGUAAAGCAUUUUUUGCAGUCGAGUAAUUGGGUGAUACAUGUAUUACCACAGGUAGAGUAGCUGUAUCAUCUCUGUGAGAUGUGUUGCCCCUGCUUUGGAAUAUCAUCUGAUAAUCCAUGGCAGAGGAUAACUUAAUAAUUGACAGUAAAAAAAUGAAUGUGUCAAAUAUAAUACAUAUUACUGAAAUCAUACUUCCAGUACCCAUGCAGAUAUGUUUAUCUCCUGUCAGUGUUUAGCUCUGUAUCUGAAAUCACAACACACACCCAUCCAGUUUAAUUAAACAAUUCGUGACUGACAACCCCCUAGGAAAAUGUAAGGUAAUCCUGCAGAAAGGUUCUAGGAGUGAGCACAGUACUGUGGAGCCAGCUACAGUGUUGCUGGACAGCCCACAACUGUGUGCAAUGUUCUCGGAUGAGUCUGAUAAGUGGAUUGUGACUGUGUACGGUAAUAUCCUGUGGGCAUAAAGACUGAACUGCUAUGGAAUCUUUUGAAGACAGUGUGAAAUUUGAUGCAGAUGUUAUGAAGUGUCUAUUGCAGUUACUUAUAUGAUGUCACUAAGAGCAAACUUUGAGCAAAUGCCAUAGGCAUUCUGAAGUAGUUCUGUUCAGAUUGCAGUGUUGUCUUCAUAAAAUUCUUGGUUAAUGAGUCCAAACUGCACUUUCUACUUAUCACUUGAAGUAUGUGUUUUUUUUUCACUUAAGCAUGCUACCAGUGGCAUUUAACUUGCAUAUUGUUGGUAAAUAAUUCAUGUAAAGCCCCCUCACAAGUAUCAUGGAGCUACAUCAUCACAAAAGUAAUGAGUAGAUUUCAUAUUGUCAUACUUACAUCAUGUAAUUUAUUUCAUCACUUCAUUUAGAAUACUUUGUAUGAACAAUCUGUUAUUAGAAUGGUCUCAUGUGUGAUAAUUUCUAACUCAUUUCAUCAUGUCAGUUCUUGAUAUUUGAAUGGGGGGUCCAGAAUAUAUAGUGUUGAAGAUAACCUGGGAGGUGGACGUAAAGCUGUGCAACUACAAGAAAAUAUUACACAAUUUGGUCAGCCCUGUAUAUUGGUGAUGGUUAACUACAUGUAGGGUGAUAAUGUACACACUUGUCAUGAGGAGGUGCAGGGAUAAUAUUAGUUCAAUUUUAUCAUUUCUGAAUAUUCUUCCAGAGUACUUUGAAAUUAAGCAUUAGCUAUAUUAUGUAAAUUCUAUUAACUACAAAAGGAAAACACUAACUAGACCAAUUAUAAUGAACAUCUUAAAUCGAUGCUUGAAAGAUUAUCAGACUAGUAGUAAUAAUAAUUGCUAAAAAUUAAAUGUACUUGUUAUUGUUCAAGGAUUUAUGUUAUGAUAUAUAUUAGAACUUUUGGCCAGUAAACCCCCCUCAAGAGAUUUGCCAUGUAGUAAGAGGCUCCCAUACAGUUCCCUGAUGCUGAUGGGGGUUGCCACAGUUCCCUCUCCUGGCAGUCUCCAUGUUUGCAGAUGUGUGAAGGAAACCAACGAAGGACUCCUGUUCAGGUCGUCGAACCACCCACAGGAGGGGCCGUGAGUAUCAUUUGGGAUGUUAUGCCCUUUUUCUGCACCAGCCAGCACUUGGUCCCUCUUGCUGCCCUUUUAGGGGAUAUCCUUUUGCUCUGAGGCCCAAAUUUGGAAAAAAAACAGGAUGCAUAUGGCACAUGAAUUCAGUUCUCAAACUCAGGUUAAUGGGGCCGGCAACCAGGCCCCUGAGUUGGACUGAUGGAAGAUUGGGCUUUGUAUCUCCACCUAUGUUGAUUCCAGACCCAGCUUCAUCUUUGGUUCACCCUACUGAUCCUCUUCAUUUCCCUGUCACUUUCUUGGCAGGGAUGACUCCCAAGUCCCCAGUGUUGACUACCUUGUCACCUGGAGUGACUCCAUCUUUGGUUGUUACACUGAUUCCACUCUCAUAAUCGAAGCAUGCAUUUACCUCGACAACUGCUACAUACCAUAAUCUGUUUGGCCCUGCUACAUGGCCUAAAUAUUUUGGUUUGUCACAAUGACCUUACCCAGCCUGAUGAGUUAUACAUACACACCUUGUUGACUCUCGAUACACAUGUUGCCCCUCCCUAAUUGGUACACGUCAUUGAAAUCCCUUCUGAGGAGGCAGCUGAACACCUAUUUGCCUUACUCUGCACUGGUGAGAACCCAGUUUAGGUCUCCCAAAAGUGUCCAAUUAUAUGGACAUUCAUUUUCCCACUCCAUAUUAUGACCGGGGACAGGGAACUUAAGGACUGCUAUAAGGAUAUUAACACUUUAGCAUCAUGAUGACAUUCACACAGUCAUUAAAACAGCACACGUAGUUCGGGAGAUGAUGUUAAUAUCAUCAUCAAUUAAUUUUGUCUUAUUCUUAUUAGUAAGUAUAAACAUUGUGAAUGAAAGGGUUUAACAUUGGGUUGUGUGCCCAUGGUCAACACCUGGCCUACCUUGCAGUGUGCUGCGGGUGCCCCGCCGGGCCAGGCAGUGUUAAAUACAGUAUAUCCUUGAGACCCAAGGUUCGCCUAUCCUCCAGGUUGAUACGUUCACUCAACCCCCCUUCCGGUCGUCACAUCAAUUCCUUAAGAUCACUUGGUCAGGACUUCCUAACUUCUGUAAUUAUUGCUGGUGUCAGAUGCUCCUUCAGGAAACCCUUUCUCCAUGCCUCUGCAAUAGGAGCUGGCAAUAUGGGCAUAGAACCUCAAAGUGCAGUGGCGAGGUAUUCUCUUGGCCCUUGUGUUAUUCUAGGUCAGAUUGUCCAUCAUCUCAAGACUCAUUGCAUCAACUGUGGUGAUGCUAAUCCUGCCUUUUCCUGCUCAUCCAUGUGCACUAUAACUCUGAACAAGCCAUCCUCAACUUGAAACAUAGGGCUUGUACAUCUUUUCUUGAGGCAAGAUGACAGGUUUGACAUCUUUCCAUUUUUUUUCUAACAUGAUGCUUGUGCAUUGUGUCGCAUUCCUUUGCCCCCCACCCUACAUUCCUUCUUCAGUCCCACAACCAUUUCCAAAUCAUAAGCUCUUGACAUCCCCACCCACCUCCCCUUCUCCGAUCUGAGGCAGAAGGUAUUCCUCAAGCUGACAUUUCCACUCUUCUCAGUCUUCCCGUUUGCCAUAUUUGUGUCAUUUCUCCUUUUCACUCUUCAAAGUCUGUGUGAGCUCUAGCUCUUGGCUCCUCUUUUUCCUCAGUCAUCCCCUCAGUUUUUUGACCCUCCCUGACCUAUGACCAUCUGGGCUGAUAGGAAUCUUCCUCCCCAACCAUCCUCAUUUUGCCCACUAUCACUCCUGCCUGAGGAAAUGGCAUGUAUCAUACAGUACAGUACAUAUACCUGUACCUUGAAAUUACCACUCUUCUGUCUCUUGGAAAUACAAACCUGGUUCCUCUCCCUCUCCUCUAAUCUCCUGAUGUUAAACACCUCUUAAGACUCAUUACUAGAGCCUGUGCUCCUCUUAGGUAAUUUUAAAUAUUAGCAUACCCUCUGGGAGUGUUUUUCUUAGAAAUAUCCAAGGGCAGUUUUUAGAACCUUUAGUUAUCUUUCCUCCAUUCUCGUGAAUGCUAGCAAGCCGACUCUUGUACACUCUCGCAUUUCCACGUUUUCCUGUAUUGAUCUUUGCUUCUGCGCUUCCAUUUAUAAGACCUGUUGUGGAGACUCCUUUGAUGACUUUCAUGACUGACUACAGUAUUUACCAUUCUCAUAUCCCCUCUUUUUUUUUUCUCUCUCUCUUUCUUCCCUCCUCUUUCCCUCAAUGAUGGUUUGAUAAGAGUGACUAAUCUCUUCACCCUCCAUGCUGCUCUUCCCAGCCUGUGUAAUCCCUCAGCUCCCUCAGUUUCUCCUUUUCCAUGGAACCUUAUUAGAUGCUCCCUUCACCUCUGUUUCUCGCUAUGCCUCUCAUGGCAUACAGGAGUGUGUUCCUUGGUGGAAUUUUGAGUGUGCUCGAGCUGUUAAGUGUGCAGUCUGGGAAAAGCACAGAUGCUGACAAACACCUGAAUCUUUUAUUCUAUUUUAGAAGGUGUGUGGGGUGGCUUGGAGGGCCAUCUGUACAGCUAAACAUGAAAAUUGGAACCCAUGUGUCCAGCAUUACUAUUCCACCCCUCUCCCUCUUGUUAGAAAUAAAAUCCGCGAGAUUGCAGAUAAAUUUGUUCCAAACAUAACAGCUAUCCUUCAUCUUUGUACUUCCAUUGUGGCAGAUCCGGUGUUCGUCACAAAUGAACCAAGUUUGCAGUCUUUAGCUGGUAGCUCUGGUUCUCGUCUUUCUCCUUCUUUUCGUAUUUGUAGGCUCCUUAUUGAAUCUCGCUCUUUGAACUUUCGCACUCACCCCCUACUCCCCUGUAACACGCUCUCUUUUUCUGAACUGCAGUCCAUCUUGUUCCUCUGCAGUUCUAUGGCAGUGUGCUUGGACACCAUUUGCUAUGAGGUGCUUUGUAAUCUGUGCUCCUCUUUGUAUUUGCUGAAUAACUAUAACCAUAUUUGGAAGACAACAUCUAUCCCAGUGAACUUGCUAGAGACUAUUGUUCUUACCAUUAAGGAAACCCAGUACUCAUGGGACUUGCCCUAAGGAUUUUCACUCCAUUGCCUUGAUGAGUUGCAUCUACAUACAUUUUGAAUGUAUUGUUACUGUAUGACUUUUUUGGUUCUUGGAACAUCACUACUGCUUCUCCCUCUCAAUUUGGCUUUUGCAAGUAUCACAGUAUGACAUCUUAGUGGACUUUGUGGUUUACAUUCAUACUGCCUUGGGGUUCAUCUUAGUCACCUCGUGUGUCUCACCUCACAGUUGAAUGCUUAAAGGUCAUUACCUUACUUAAAAUCUUGACUCACUUUAUAGGGAGCUGAUACACACACACUUCUAUUUGCACUUCUUUCUUGUUGUCUAAACUUAAUUGUGGCUGCCCUGUCCUCUUCACGGACUCAGCUCGGGUGCUCGGGUGGCCCCCUACAACAUCAUCACUCCUGUUUAUUCCAUACUUUGACUACUGCCUCUCAGGAGGACACUGUUCCCUCUCAUCACCUCCCUAUUCCUGUAAUGAUGACUCAUCUGCAAGAUUCUCUUGGUUCACAUUUGCAAUCCCUCUCCUCGUGGUGUUCUUACCUUGCCCCAUGGAGGGUUCUGCUGGCAAAAUUUUUCUCUUCUAUUCACCUACAUGGUUCACCAUGUAAGUGAAGAGGGCAGCUUAUACCCCUCCUACCAUUCUGAAACACCUUUUCUUUGAACAUGUUACUUCUCACUCCAUUGCUCUAUUUACAGAUAGGCCUAAAUCUGUCAGUGGUUGGCUACUCCAUUGUUUUUCCUGAUCAAACUUAUAUGUGCCAUCUAUGCCCAGAAGCUAGCAUCUUCAUGGCAGAACUUGUGCAGUUUUGUGUAUUCAUUGUUGGCUGCUUUUUUUAUAUUAAUGUUCCUUUGUCACUGUGGUUGAUUCGUGCAGUAUCUUCGUGGUUCACGAGUCUUUUUAUCCCUUUGCAUCCUGUGGUGGUCAAAAUCCAAUACUGUAUAUUUAGCAGAUUUAAUGCAGUCAAAUUUUGCUGGGUUCUCAGCCAUAUUGGGUUUACCUCAAAUAAAUUUGCAGACACUGCCACAGAAGUCGUCGUCCCCCCCCCCAUUUAGCCAAAAAGGGGACACUAUACUUUAUUUGAAUUUCUACCGAGUCAUUAAUUCUGCAAUCUGUAACCAUUGGCAGAUUGGCAGGGUCAUUGGUCUGGCAUUAUAGGAAACAAACUGUACACUCUUAAAGGUGACCUAUCCUCGUAAUGGAGUAGGAAAUGGCUCUGGCACCACAUGCUUAACUCAAGGUACUUAAUAGAGCACCACCCUGCUCUUUAUUGUCUAAAUUGCAUUGUCUUUGUCAUGAACGUUGUAGAAUGUCCCAAUUUUCAGGAUGUUCAUCUCUUGGUUUCCUAAUUUCCCUCAGGGUCAGAUGUCCUUUGAUGGAAUCCUUGGUGAAUAGAAUACCUUUGAUAUCACUCGCCUUGUGUCCUUUUGUUGUCGUUUUGGCAUCCUGACUAAAAUUUAGCACCUUUUGAAUAUCCCAUGACACACACAGUGGUACAUAGUCUUGCCAGCUUGACACCACCUUUUGAUAACUGCUUUUGGUCAUCAAGGUUUUAACAGAAAGAUGCCAAGAUCUUGAAGCUUAAUUGCUUGGUUAAAGCUAAUCUAUCAAUGUAAUCUGGUAUUCAAGAAAUGCACCUAAAGAGAUAAUUUUCAUGUUAGGUUUUAUAAUCUAUACUAUUACUACUACUACUAGCUGCAACUACUGUACUUUCAGCCCAACUGAUGCAUUUUAUUAUUACCACGUUAUUAUUUAAGAAUAUUAAUAUUACUACUAGUACAUAAAAAUAUAAGAAUUUUGGGGGCUCUUCCCUGCUACUAUUACCACCAUUACCACUUUUACAACACCUGCUACUAGCUCUGCAAUUACCACUGUAACAAUAUUUGUUAGCAGUAUACCACUGUGACAAAGCCUACCAGUAACAGCAUCACUACAAUUGACAAAACAGCCCAUUCUCUUGAUUUACCACAACAUAUAAAAUACUGUAAGUACUAAAAUUCACAAACCCAAGCAACCCACCUAACUUAACCAACAUCCACGUAGAAAACGUGGAUAUUUGUGAGAUGCCACUUUUCAUAGUAUGCCUCAUUUGGCACUUUAGGGACAAUGACAUACAAAAUGAGGUGCAUUACUUGAGAGGAUGGGUUGGACAACACCUGCCACUAGCACUACCAUUACCACUGACAACACCUGCCACUAGCACUACCAUUACCACUGACAACACCUGCCACUAGCACUACCAUUACCACUGACAA